GCGGGCAUGAAUGGCCAGAGGAAGCCAAAGAAGGCCAUGGAUUUAUCAUAUUUUUUACUGGUUUUACACAUUUUUGACAAAAUUACAAACACAUACGCAGUAGAAGGACAUGGCCAAGCCUUCAUCCAGACAGAUAAUGAGCUCCGAUAUAUGGUAGAUGGUGUUCCUCUCCAGGUGAUAUCUGGACAAGGUUUCCCAGAUUUUAACAACAUGGACUCAAACAGCUUACCAACAAGUCCUAUAUCAUUUGAUCCUCCUUUGCUUGAUUUUGAUGAACAACCUGUUGGUAUGCCUAAAAUGGAACAAGUCACUUUAGUAAACAGAGAUGGCCAAAAUAGUAUACAUCUUUUAUCAAUAUCGGGGAGUACCGUACACUUCCACUGUUCUUUUUUCCAAGAUAAGGUCGUACCACCUGGGGCCAAUACCACCUUUGAUGUAGUUUUCCUGGCGCGGCAGCUGGGCAAUGUAGAAAAUACUCUCUAUAUUCAUACAUCGCAGGGCACGUUUAGGUACCAGGUGUUUGGCGUGGGCACAUCGAAUCCCUACCGCCUACAACCUUUUUUAGGGGCCAAAGUCCCACUCAACAGUAGUUUUUCCCCGCUGAUACAAAUGCAUAAUCCACAUCCUACAGCGAUACAGGUAGUGGAAAUGUAUUCUAGCGGAGGAGACUUACACUUGGAGUUACCGACAGGUGAAAAAGAAGCUCCGAGAAAUAUGUGGGAAAUCCCUCCGUACGAAACGAGAACAGUGAUGCGAGCAAGCUUUGUGGGCAGGAUGGAGAACAACCAUACAUCAUUCAUCAGAAUAAAAACAAAUAAAACAGACGUUGACGAGAUGCUAGUUUUACCAGUUGAGGUGGAAGUAACAUCAGCCCCUGGUAUAUAUUCACCAGUAGAUAAGUUAGACUUUGAUAUACUGCGAACAUUGGAUGCACCAAGAACCCUGAGGUUAAAUCUUAUCAACUCCGGCACAAAACCUAUCCAUGUUUCAAGUGUAUCAUUAGAGCCACCAAACGAGGCAGUGCAUUUGGAGUUUAGGCCGGUGAAAUUAUUACCAGGGGUGCUACGGAGAACACCAGUUGCACUUGUUACAUAUACAGCUACAAAAGCGUUACACCCUCGCCAGUGGUCAGGGAACGUGGUCAUCAAAGCCAAGGAUGACGAGUAUAAACUUGUGCUUCCAUAUCGAGCGACAGUACUUCACGGGUCACUUGUAUAUGAUGCAAACAACACUAAGUUUUACUCAGGCAAGUCAGAAAACGUUACACGAGGAGUUCCACUGACCAACACGUUCAACUUUACACUGGUUAUAUACAACGUCUCAUUGCCACCAGAAGUAGAAAAGUAUUUUUCUAUUGUCAACUUCACCCAUCCUGCCCAGAUAAAGCCGAAGGAAACUUUAUCAUCAUUUUCCCUCCAUUUCCACCCAAAUAGUACAGACCUACACUUCACAUUUCUGCUACGAUUGUGGUCCAACGCGUCUAUCUUCCAUAUCCCGAUCUUCGUAUAUAACGGACGGUUAAGAGUCGUGCACCAUCGGCCGGAGAUAUUCAAAGGUCAGCUUGACUUCGGUACGAUGGGUGUUGAGGAGCAGCGCAGCAUGACCUUCACCUUAAGGAACGAUAAUCCAGUCGAUAUCGUUAUUACGGAGUUUGGUGCCAAUAUGGACAAGACAGUGGUCGAGUUACUAGGCGUUGAAAAAGGCAAUGGGACCACACUGACGCGCAAGCAUAAUACUUCAGAGUUAGAUACGAAACCGUUGGUGUUGAAGCCGUUUCACUAUGCCGUUUUUAGCGUGAACCUGGUAGCUCCAGACUGGGAGGGCACAUUCGUGGCGGAAAUCAUCAUCGUUACACAGUUUGAGCAUUUAUACAUUCCAAUGACCCUGAGGACAGCUGAAGGGAGCUUGAACGCUAUACCUGAAAAAAUAGUAUUUGAAAAAGUUUAUCCUGGAAAGAUCUCAUAUAAAGUGUUAAGAAUGCAUAGUUCCUUCGACAACCUAAUGGAAGUUCGCGACGUCUCUUUUCAACCGAAUGAUACCAGAUUUUAUUACGUACCACCAAAAACUACUCCAGUGUAUCUCACACCUCAACAAGACACUGUCAUCGGCAGAGUAUAUUUUGACGCAAAACGGGAAUGUCAAGAUGAUUGCUACGUCGGCUUACCCACAUAUACAGCAGCUGGCCACCCCUGGUUAUUAGGUCUAACUCUGGAUAAAGAGGUGGCGGAUACGGACCAAUAUCUGUUUACGAGGCUGCAGCAAAUGUGGGAGGUCUUAGGGGCAAGAGAACAGUCCACUAUAAACGUCACAAUACAGCUGGACACAAACCAAGUGCGAGGUUUUUUAUUCCCGGCCCAUGCCCAUCUCUGCUGGCCGCCACUGAUUAAAAAGUCAAAGUUAAAAUUUCCACUCACACAAAUAGGGAAUCUCUCGACUACUGAGUUUUAUGUUGAAAAUCCAGGCGAUGUGCCGGUACUGGUACAGGUUCUACCUCUCUCCGUCUAUCCAAACCCACAAACCAUCGUGGACAUGGUCAGUCAGAGCUUACCAAGCGAUCUCACUGACUACAUAGAGAUGGACGAUGAGGACAUAUUCCGACUGCAAGAUUUGGAGAUUUAUAAUAGUUCUGACACAAACCCUGUGCUAAAAUAUCGAAAACAUAUAGAGGGUUACCUGGGUGUGAAGCCACAUCGAAACACGAUUGCAGCAGUCCUACAGCCUGGUACAAAACUCAGAGUACGAUUGGCAUUCCAGCCAAAAGAUGAUACGUCGAAAACUACUCUCAUUCUGGUUAGGAAUAAUUUGACGAUAGUGGAUACAGUGGUCGUCCAGGGGAGAGGGGGCAUGGGUGACAUGAGAUUCAGUAACAGAAGACCAGGAUCACAGGCACCCCUACUCUUCGAUAUGACCGAGAAACACCUCAAAAAUUGUGAUAUUCCAUUUAUUUCAGAUAAAAAACAGAACAAAGCCAUUAUUCCCAACUUUACAGUCAAGCGAUCAUUCACGGUGAAGAACUCUAGAGAAUUACCAUUCUACGUUCAUAAAUUUGGCAUCAACGGAUAUGAGUGUGAAGGAUAUGGCUUCCGUGUUUUAAACUGCGAAGGUUUUCAGCUCGAGCCCAACGCCAGUAGAAAAAUAGAUAUAGCAUUCACGCCCGAUUUUACCAUGUCAAGAAUUCAGCGUACACUAACAAUUGACACAACGUUAGGUCCGCCUAUCAACUACACGUUACAGGCCACGUUACCUCCUCAUAUGUUGAAUAAGUGUUCAGCGGCGCUACCGCGGCCACCCUGGGAACCAGUUUUAUAUUACUCUGCGACACUGUCAAUGUUUAUCUUAUGCCUCUGCGUAAUAGGGGCUGCUUAUUUUGAAUCCGAUAGGAUUUUCAUGGGCGAUAUCAUGCGGAGACGCUCGAAGGCCACAACAAAUCCGAGUCUGCUUGUGGACAAGGGUAAAAUGUUCGAUUUGAAAAAUAUUGCGGGAGUUAAAGAGGUGAAGAUGACAAAACCAGAUUUAGCCAAUGGUCAUGUUGAUAAUAAAAUAAAAGUGUCAACAACUCCUGCAAUGGUGCACAAGGUUCCUGUGAAAUCGAACAGCCCGGAUGUGAAAAAUAGUCCACAGUUGCCGCCGAAGGAGACGAAAGUCCCAGAUAUCAAAAUGGUGGACGCCGAGACGAAGCAGAGGAAGCCGAAACUCGCCAAGAAGCACUCGAAUGAAAUGGUCGAUUUUAUUCAUGUCAAUGAGAAGAAGUUAGGUGGUGCCAGUGGUAUGACUGGCAAGAAGUCACCAAACGAGAAACAGACGACGCCUGAACGUGAGAACGUCAAAGAUACUACGUCGAGUAUGGAAACACUCGAUCCUAUUGAAGUCACCAUGAUCCCUGAUGUGUACACGGAGAUCGAUGAUAUCCUGAGCAGGAAAGAUAUUAAGCCUAAACUGAAGCGCAAAUCCAAAACCCAACAAAAGGACGAAGUUAAGGAGAAGAGAGCUAUGAAGCAGCUCCACUCCGACCUGUUUGUCGUUGAAAAUGACGACACCUCCUCGACUACGACUGAAUCAAGCCUGGACAUUGAAGACAAGUCCAGCGCUCGUGAUUCGACCCCCGAACCGCAAGUCACCAAGACAAAGACCAAAAAGAACAACAAAAACAAGAAUCGCCUGGACAAGAAGAAGAUCGAGGCGGGCCUGUUGGAUGAUGGGAAAGAUGAUGACGAUGAUGACUUCGUGCUGACAACCAAGUCCAAAGCUCACAAGAAGAUCAAAGUUGACUCGAAGAAAGUUUACGGAGGGAAUAUUCUUCGCCCGAGCACCCUCGAGUUGCCCUACACCACCAAGCUGGAGGCAUCGAAGGAAAACCAACAACCAAGACACGAACCCACGUCACCUCACAGCAUCGCUGCAGACAUUGUCAACCGAGCAUCCAAGAAAAACUCCAAACUGAAUCGGGCAAAGCCGAAAGGCUUCGACCCGCUCAGUCUCCCAGGACAUGACACGGAUAGUAGCGGAAAUGAUUCUCUGCCGAUUCUAUGGGACUCGCCCAUCAACACUAACCAAUCCGUUGAUGGAGACUUCAGUGACCUAGCCAUGCAGACAGAAGCAUUCGCUCUGAAGCAUGGGCGGCAACUCCAGGGUCUGAACGGCAACUCAUCUUCUCCAGAACCGACCUCAAGCCUGAACGGAAGCCGCUCUGGCAGCUAUAGCAGUAUCGUGAGCAGCAACGGCUCUGAGGCCAACCCUAUGAAGACCAAGAAGGAAUCGAGAAGGAACAACCCAUCGACUGAUAACAAGUUUGCUCCUAUCACAGUUCCCGGACCUGUUGGAAGCAAGACCAAGCGCAAUGACGCCCCGAGCACCAGUUGGGUAUCUGCACCAUGGAACCUUUCCCCUGUGAGUCCAACCACCCCUGACGUCAGCGCCCUGGGCCUGCAUCCCAUCCAGGAGAUCCAUGUGCCUGUCACCAUCGCGCCCAAGGAUACUGCAGUCAUGGACACAGCCAAAUAUGCCCACGAUGCCCCACCACCAGCACCAGCUCCGAUCAUUUCCAAACUUGAUGCGAAUGCUGCACCGUUCACAUUCACCGGGACGUCGGUUCCCUCGACUGUAGCGCCGACCCAGUUUGAGCCACCGGUUACCAUGAUGCAGCGCCUGCAGGCUGAACGCAAGAAGAGGUUGAUCGAGUACCAGAAGAGGCUCAUUCAAGGAGAGGAGUGGCCAGGCUUUGACAUGCCCGUGCAGCAGAGUGACAGCCUUUGGGACAGCCCCCCAUUUAUCCCAACGUCAGAUGCCUGGACUGCAUUUCCUUCAACCACUGCUAAGGAUACCACUUGGGCAGCAACCAACACGAGCCCAAACAACAGCUGGAGCCCGAUGUCGACCAGCCUCUGGAGCUCUGGCACCAACACGUCAGGCGAGAACUCCUUCCUCGACCUAGCACCAGGGGGCAGCAGUGGUCCCAGUGCAAACAAGGACAAAGCAGAAGGCGCCGCUUCCUUGGGGAGUUUUGACCCGUUCAACACCCUUGGGAGCACCCGUAACAUCUGGGGUCCUGGGGCUGGCACAACAGGUUGGAACCUGAAAGCUCCCGAUCAAGAUCCAGACCAUUAACCGGUCAACCCUAGCACCCCCUGUUAAGUUGUCAAUGCCAUGUUUAUUUCAGUGUAAAUGUAUGUGUAUAAGCGUGAAGUUCAUAGAUAUUUGUUGAAAAAUUUUUUCAUCAGCAUUGAUUUGCUUAUUUGGUAGAUUUAGGGCUUUUCAGAGAAAGAAACUGCACCACGUUCUUGUCGAUAUUACUGAGAUUUGAUCCCAAUACAAAUUCAAAUUCAGUUAGUAAACAUUUCUAGUGUUCAGAUAUUUCAGAGAAAUUAUUUGUAUGAUUGAUCAUAUUGUUUGAGAUCCAAGUCUGAGAAUUUCACACAUCUUUGUCCUUUGUUAUCAUUCCCUGUGGUUGGAAAAGACUUAAAAGAGUUCAGGGGCCUUUAAGGCUUACGAAAUCACAAAAGUAAUGUAUAUAAAAUGGGUUUAAAAAACUUUCUGAUUUGAUUUCUGAUUUGCACUUGAAAUGAAACUAGACUCUGUAACAACGCCAUUAAGGAAUGAAGGAGUUUUAACUCUUCAAAUUUGUCGACAGUGUUCAGUCUUGUAAAUGGUUUCAGACCAAAUUUAUGUGCACAUUUGUUUUUUUUGUAGUGUCAAAUAUUUAGCUCGGAUAUAUUAUCCUUGGUAUUAGCUAUGAACUUCACAUCCAUUUUUGCUUCAUUUAGAUUGUAUAGUCCAUGUAGUGAGUAUGAAUACGACGGCAUAUGUAUGGCACUUGACAGGGCUGUUUGGCUCGAAGGGCCCGGUUAACGAAUUUUGACUCUUAUUUUACUGAUAUUGACUACAUGUAAUGGUUAAGGCUAUUAUAGGACUGACCCUUGUGAAAAAAGAGCGACAAAAAUCGUGCAUCAGAAGAUUUGUCGAUUCUGCUAACACAAAAAGUUGAGCAGGAGAAUCCACAGAACUGUUAAUUCUGAUGGAAGCUUUUUUUGUCGUACCCUGUAUAGAACAAGAUGGUUGUCCAAAACAACAAGGACUUUGUGCUUCAGGUUUAAUCUUAGGCUUAAUAUUAAACUUAUCUCAACAUAACAAUGUUAAUCUUAGACGAUGUACACAUUAUACACAAGAGACAUGUUCCGAGCGAAUGCUUUAUAGCAAUUCGGUUUAUUAGCAAUCGCAAAUGCGCUCCAACUAAAUAGAGUUGACAGCGGGUGCUGAUACACGAAUGUGCAUGCUAUAGGCGAUGGUGACUUCAAUGUUGUUCUAAAGUUUCCAAUAACUUGACGUUGUGUUUAUUGUUUUCUCUUAUUCGGCAUGGUCUGGGUAAAACUUGAAGGAGUCUUGGGGAGUGGCAGGGUGAUAGGAAAUUCUGAGCGUCCACCAAGCUAUUAAGAACUGAGAUGUACCAAUCGAGACUUUGAGAACGUUCCACUCAUGAACUUGGUUAGUAGAAUAAAAACUGUGACAAACCUCUUUUGUUACUUGACUCGCAUCAAAAUUCAACAUUUCAAGUCAAUAUUAGUUGUAAUUCUUACAAAUUCAACUUUAGUUUUUCCCCAUAUGAUUUUGAAGAUCGUUUCAAAACUGAUUAUAAAUUCCUGGAAAGGUGAAUCCAGGUGAUUGUCAGCAUUUUUGGUUGAUUCAAAUGGUAAUUUUUCUCCGUUUGAUUUGGAAAUGACAUUUUCAUACUGUUGACUUUUACCAAAUCAAUGGUGUUUUAUUUGAAGCCUUCAACCAUGGAAAUGUUUCCGAGUCCAUUCUGAUUCAUGUUUUUGUUGAAGGUUGCUUGUAGGUUUACAAGACGGUGUUAUUAUUCAAAGGCUUUUCUCUAUGAAAAAUACAAAUGCUAAGAGAAAUUGUCAAAGGUUUUUACUUAACAUUUAGCUUGCUUUAAGCUAAAAGGGACAAUUGAAAUGCAUCUGCAAGGUUAAUUCAGUUGUUUUCACCAGUGGAUCUUUUCAAAUUAACUUCUCCAUUUAUGUGCUAAAAGUUUCUGACGCCAAUAAGUGCAUCUUUAAUUUCAAGUUGAUUAUGUUAUUCAAGUGUUAAGACGAAGACAGGUUGUCUUCAGUAAUGUUCAAGGAACCGGAAUAACAGGUUGUGGUCCUUGGUAGAUUUGGGCACAUCCACCAAUAUCUGUGACAGGAAUGAUCUUCCAUUGUUGUCCAGGUACCAAAGCUGACCUGGGGAUGUGCUGAUUUUAAACACAGGUUCAUGACUUGGUUAUGCAUUCUCAAUCUCAAAAUAUUUCCCAAAUGUUGCGGGAAGUUGGGAGGCAUCUUUGAUGUCUCCAUGGCAACUACUGAGGUUCUUUCAAUUUUUUACAGCCAUGAAAAAUAAAUUUGUUUUUACUGCUGCGAA